UGCAUAUAUAUAGCAGUGUAAACCACCGUAAUCUGUCUCUCUCUACAAUAUUGAUCAUCUCAGAUGGCGUUUACUGCUUCGACUCGACCUUUGUUGAACCUUCAGCUAUCACGAUUGCAGCCACUACCACUUCAUCAAUCCAAGAAAUCAAAAACCCUCUUCCCUAACAAUUACACCAACUUCAACUGCCCACACCCAUGUUCCAGAAGCAACUUAUCAUCUUCCUCUGUUGGUCAACUUAGAUAUUCCAUAUACACGAAAAUGCCCAUGAUCUCCGGUGGUGGACUGAGAUUGAAGGUUCGAACUUCUUCAGCUUCAGGGGAAGAAGCAAAGUCGCUUGAUUCUGACUCAGCAUAUCAAGAGGUUUUUGCUUGGUCAUCUGUUAUUGUGCCGUUUCUCUUCCCAGCUUUGGGUGGUUUAUUAUUUGGCUAUGACAUUGGUGCAACCUCUGGUGCUACAAUCUCAUUGCAAUCACCUGAGCUCAGUGGCAUAACUUGGUACAAUCUCUCAGCGGUUCAGCUUGGUUUGGUGGUCAGUGGUUCUCUUUAUGGGGCUCUUCUUGGUUCUCUUCUUGUCUACCCAAUUGCAGAUUUCCUAGGGAGAAGGCGGGAACUUAUAUUAGCUGCAGUUUUAUAUGUGCUCGGUGGUUCGAUAACAGCCUAUGCUCCAGCCCUUUAUGUUCUUUUAAUAGGCCGACUUCUUUAUGGCCUUGGUAUUGGUUUGGCCAUGCAUGGGGCUCCUCUCUACAUUGCUGAGACGUGCCCAUCUCAAAUUCGUGGAACUCUUAUUUCUUUAAAGGAACUCUUCAUAGUAUUGGGGAUUUUGUCUGGUUAUUUUGUAGGUAGUUUUCAGAUAAAUGCAAUUGGGGGGUGGCGUUUCAUGUACGGAUUUAGUGCGCCAAUUGCUUUGUUAAUGGGAUUAGGCAUGUUGAGUCUACCGCCAUCUCCACGUUGGUUACUUCUCAGGGCGGUUCAAGGCAAAGGAUCCUUCCAGGAGUACAAGGAGAAGGCUGUCAUUGCUUUGAGCAAACUAAGGGGCAGACCUGCUGGUGACAAAAUAUCCGAGAAGCAAGUAGAAAACACCCUUGUCUCGUUGAAAUCUGCCUAUACCGAUCAAGAAUCUGAUGGAGGUUUCUUGGAGGUGUUUCAGGGAUCAAGUUUGAAAGCAUUUAUAAUAGGUGGAGGCUUAGUCCUUUUUCAACAGAUAACUGGGCAGCCAAGUGUCCUAUAUUAUGCCGGUUCAAUACUUCAGACUGCUGGAUUCUCUGCGGCUUCUGAUGCUACACGAGUUUCAGUCAUCAUUGGUGUGUUUAAGGAAUUGCUAUCCUGAAAGUUGAUGAUCUUGGGAGGAGACCCUUACUGAUUGGAGGUGUCAGUGGGCUUGUAUGCAUCCUAACCCUGAUACACUUUUAAUGUGUUUGACUUUUUGGUGUGACUUACAUUACUUGUUGAAUAAGAAGAUGAUGAAGAAUUUCAUUCUGCUGUUGCUCUCUGUC